UUCUCCAUUUUCUUCUUCUUCAGAACCGUCAUGUCUAUCUCUUCUCUCCGCCUAACGCCACCGCCCACGGCGGCGACCAAUGCCGCCACGAAUUUCCGCUCCUCGUUCCUCGUCCACCUCCCUCUCCGCACGCAAAACCCCCAAAAAUCACUCUCUCUCCGCCGCCCCUGCUCCCCAAUUUCGGCCUCCAUGGAGGCCGGCGUGGGCGUAAUGGGGACCAAACUCGGCAUGAUGAGCUUCUUCGAGCCCUCCGGCACCGUGGUUCCCGUCACCGUCAUCGGAUUCCGCGAAGGCAACAUUGUAACUCAGGUCAAGACCGAUGCUAUUGACGGCUACAGCGCCGUCCAAGUAGGGUACCGCCGUGUCCGUGACCGGAAACUCACCAAACCCGAAAUGGGACACCUUCAGAAAUCGGGCGUAAUUCCGUUGCGCCAUUUGCAGGAGUUCCGGCUCCAGUCUGUCGACAGCUUCGAGCCGAACCAGCAGCUGGUCUUCAGCGAGCUUUUCAACGAAGGUGACCUAGUUGAUGUCUCCGGUACCACCAUUGGAAAAGGGUUUCAAGGUGGAAUCAAAAGACAUAAUUUCAAGAGAGGUCUUAUGACUCACGGAUCGAAGAGUCAUAGACAGCUCGGUUCAAUUGGUGCUGGAACAACACCUGGACGCGUGUAUAAAGGCAAGAAAAUGCCUGGAAGAAUGGGAGGGACGAAGGCAAAGAUCCGAAAGCUGAAGAUUGUCAAGAUUGAUGAGGAGCUUAGGAUUGUAAUGGUGAAAGGGGCCGUUCCUGGUAAGCCGGGAAACCUUCUAAGAAUCGCUCCCGCCAAGAUUGUAGGGAAAAACAUCCCAAAGAACUAGCCCGUUUUUGUACUCAACUGUCAGAAUUUGAUGUGAUGUAUUCUUUUGGUGCUCUGAUGGAAACAAUAUUUUCAAUUUGAAAGAUAUAUAUAAAUGUUGUGGUUACAAAA